AUGGCUGAAUCACCUCCUAUGGGCAAUGCACUCGAUGCGAUCGGCAACACCCCAUGCGUACAGUUGCAACGAGUUGUACCAGAUGGAUGCGCGCGGGUCUUUGUAAAGCUUGAGUCACUGAAUCCGACGGGCUCCUACAAAGACCGUAUGGCAAGAUCCUUGAUUGAAGAAGCAGAGCGGAGAGGUGAUCUGCGACCCGGUAUGACCAUUGUAGAAGCUACUGGAGGCAGUACCGGCUCCUCGCUCGCUUUUGUUUGUGCUGUCAAGGGCUACAAAUUCCACGUUGUAUCGUCCAACGCCUACGCGGUCGACAAGCUACGAGCGAUGGCAGCGUUCGGCGCUGAAGUGGAUCUGGUCAACAGCCCUUCUGGUCGCAUCACAGCAGACUUGAUUCCAUCGAUGAUAGAACGUGCAAGGACGAUUGCUCAGGGCGACACUUACUAUCCCACCGACCAGUUCAACAACGCUGACGCUUACGUUGGCUACAAAGCACUCGGGCUGGAGCUGGUUAAUCAAUUUCCGAACGGCAUUGACGGGUUCUGCGCAGCUGUCGGUACAGCUGGUAUGAUCAUGGGCGUGUCGAAAAUCUUGAAGGAACGGUGGCCAAAAACUCAUGUUCGAAUUCUUGAGCCAGCAUCUGCGCCCACUAUUACCGAGGGGCGAAGUGGUGUGCAUGGCGUUGAGGGCAUAGGAAUUGGAUACAUGCCGCCUCUUCUCGAGAAGGACCUCUAUGACGACGCACGCGCAGUCUCGGAGGACGAAGGUCGUGCAAUGUGUCGACGUCUUGCGAAGGAGGAAGGACUCCUUGUCGGUACAUCCACCGGUCUCAACGUGACAGCUGCCAUUGCACUGGCAAAGCAACUGGGACCAGACAAGACGGUAGUAACGGUCGCGUGCGAUACGGGACUUAAGUACAUGCAUAGAGACCUGUACGAGUAA